AUGCAACUCAUUGGAAAAAUCUGGUUAUGUUAUGGAAUUAUAUCGAUUGUUUUAACCGCUUUUCUUGUCAUAAUUAUAACAACAAGUCAUCUGUUUCAACAAUCCUUCUAUCGUUUAAUUGCAAUUCAUCUGGUCAUUGUCAUCAUCAGCUGGAUUAAUUCAUGGACAAGUCGAAUUGUGUACACUCGUGACUAUUCAUUUUUUGCAAAAGCUCUCUUUGGUCAUUCUCCAGAACUAUUCAAUUUCUUCAUGUUUUGCGGGCUGGCAUUUCUUCAUCUUCAGUCAUGUAGUUCAAUUGUGAUUUGCAUAAACAAAUUGAGAACCGCCAAUCCGGAAAAGUUCGAGAAAAGAAAUCAAUUCUGGAAUCGCUGGUGCCUUCUGAUUUACGGUGUGCUUCUGGCCUUGUCAUGCUUGGCUGCGAAAUAUUUGGCAGUGCUUCCAACUGUUCAUUUUUGGAAGGACACAGGAAAAUUUGAAUUUUCAGUGUUGAGCUUGGGUGACGCAAUCAUCAAUAUUUUUCUUGUUGCUGUAUUUCUAAUUUUGUACAUUUUGAUCGGUCUCAUUUGUGGAUUGAUUGCCAUUUGCAAAAUCAGAAAACAUAAGAAAGAUCACGAAGAUCACGUUCCCUCAUCAGUUGUAACUGUCUCUUAUACAUUCUUUCGAGUGUUCUGCCUGGCUCUGCUACUUGCAUCGUUCUUCAUGCAAAUUGAAAACUUCACCGUUCAAUUCAUGUUCACUAUUUUCGACUUUAUGUCAUUCUCGUUGACCUUCAUUCUUCUUUUCUUUGAUGACAAUUUCAAAAUGGCUCUGAAAGGAUCAAUUAAGUGAAACAAAGAAUGUUGAAUGUUUAUUGUUGAACUAAAUGUCUGUUAAAAUA